AUCCAUUCUUCUUAUUCAACAUUGGACCGGUAAGGACUGUUUAGUACAUGAUCAUGCCGCAACUUCCGUGUAUGUUUCAGUCCCCACGCAAAUGGACGGCUGAGCAUCUCAAAGCCCUACGAUUAUGUCGACAUCACGACUCUUCCAUCCAAGAGAUCGUUGGUGUUGGCUAUGUUCCCAAGGACGGAGAUGAAGAAUUCGAGUCGCUUGCCACGGAGUUUGCCCAGCCAACCGAGCAUGAAUUGCUGAGUUACCUCGCAGAAGGUCCCCAUUACCGACGGAACAUCUUUAUGCAAACCUUCGGCAGCCUGUCCGAGGUGGCUCAUUCCAAGACGAGUUUUGUGGCAUCCAGGGACGCGGUCCUCUCCCUCUUUAAAAUGCUGCUAGUCAACGUGGAAACGAAAAAACAUCUGACAAUCUCCUCCCGUGGACAGAUUCCGUUUGAAGUGGCAGGCAUUCGGGGUGCCCUCAGCUGCAGUGGAAGUCUUAUAGAUUCGUCGAUUCCCCGUUCCCCCUUGGCCUCAUUUAUAGUGAUAAGGGAUGGUGACCACAACAUCGCCCGUGAAGUCUCACAUUUAUUACUACAGGGUGCUCUGGCGAAUGCCUCCAAUCAAACUCGUAGGGCCUUUGUUAUCUGCAUGGCUGGCGUGAAUCUCCAGAUUACCAUGGCAAAGUUUCAUUUUGAUUACAUGGAUGCACUCGUCCAUGGCAAAAACCCAGACAGGUGCCUCGAUCUAUUACAUUCGGAAUGGUACAAUCUCUGCAACCGCGAGCGACGGAAAGAAGCACUCAGAGCCAUUGUCGGCCUUGCGAGGCUGCUCGAUACCCAGUGACCAUUAAUCGAUGGCCGUUUCAAUUAUUCGAAAAUCUUCUGCAAUAGACCUAUCUCGGCCCUUCCACUCCGAAGGUGUUCAUAAACACCAAUGCACAACUGUAAAGCGCCAGCUCUGCCCCGUUGAGACUUCAAGUCGUAUGGCUCAGAACGCCUCACCCACAGUGUCUCGCUCCCCGGCAUAACCGGGCUAUUGGCAUGCCGAAGGCAUUCUGCAGUGAAAUGCGCUGCUGCCAACUUAAGAUGGGUGCCAUGAAUGGUAAGAACAAACGCUUCCUGGUCUCUCCAGCCGUCGAGCUGCGCAGCAUGUUCCAUAGCCUGACCCAAUAAUUGGGGCCACUUCCUGAGCCAAGAUGUCUGCCGAAUACCUUUCUGCUUCCCCUGCUGACCGGCGAAUACUUCCGGCGUGACGACGUUU